UUCCCGGAGAGAAAAAUUGCAUUAAGGGUUUCCAACAUCUCUCUCUACUUUCUUGUACCGAUCGUUGUUUUUUCAAAGGGAAGAUGCAAGGAGGAGGUGGUAGAGACCCUUUCAACUUUGGUGGUCCUUUUGGUGGCUCCUUUGGUGGUCCUCGGAGUCUCAUGUCUAGUUUUUUUGGAGGAAGGGAUCCGUUUGAUGACCCAUUUUUCACUCAGCCUUUUGGUGGAGGCAUGUUUCAGUCCAACUUCUUUGGUCCUACCAUGGACCCUUUUUCAGCAAUGCGUCCUCCAUCGGGUUUCAUAGAGAACCAUUAUCAACCACCAGAAUUGAGAAGGUCUCAUGGACCGAUUAUUGAAGAGAUUGAAUCAGAUGAAGGAGAAGGAGACAAAGAGAAGAAAGUAAGACUAGGGAAACAUGGCAGGUCUAGCAGUGAGGUGGAAACUGAGGAGGCUAGAGCUCUAGAGAGAAGGAACAGAAGAAUGCAAAACAUGAAUGUGAAUGGACAAUGGCAACCACAGGCUCGUAGUUAUAGUUUCCAGAGCUCCACUGUUACAUACGGUGGUCGUGACGGGAACUACUAUACUUCAUCCAAGACCACAAGGACAGGAAGUGAUGGGUUAACUCUUGAAGAAAGCAAAGAGGCCAACACCGCAACACGCGAAGCAGCGCACAGGAUCUCAAGAGGCCUUCACAACAAGGGCCACACGGUUGCGCGUAAACUUAACUCAGAUGGUCGAGUUGAUACAACGCAGACCUUGCACAACUUAAACGAAGAUGAAUUAGCUGCUUUUGAGCAGUCUUGGAGUGGUAAUGCUAGAAUGCAACUACCUGGUUCCUUUGGCAGUAACUACAGAGAGCAACCAAUGUUGCUUCCGUCAACUGAUCCAAUCCCUUCUCGUGCAAGAGCAGGGUCUUUCAGAAGAACAAAAGCUGCAACUCAUGUAAGAGGACAUGGCAGAAACUAAUCUUAAGGCUUUAGUCAAUGUGACCAAACACUAUUUAUUCACUUUACUUAGGUUGUUACUGUGUGACAUGUUUUGAGGGAUAUGCAACUUUAUUAGCCUCUUCUCAGCCAGUGACCAUUAUAAUCAUCAAGUUGAGAGUAUCAUUCUCAUAA